UGUAUCAUCUAUCCAUUGCAUCCGUGGACCCUCCACUCUUCUUCAUCGCCUGAUUGUAGACCGCUAUCCAUACACUACCUACCAACCACACUCCAUCAGAUCCAUACCUACUACGCCAAACGUAUAAGUAGCUGGACACCGCCAACACUUUGCUACCACCACAACAAACCUCUGUUUUUUUUUUGUCACAUACAAUCUCCUUCACAAUGCCUAGAAUCACCGCUCCCGUCUCAAAGCUCACUCGCUCUCUGGCCGAGUCCCAGCGCCAUGCCGGUAUCGCUCUCAUGCCCAAGUAUGCCGAGCUCCUCGGAGCUCCUUCAGAGCAGUCUCAGCACUCUGAGUCCCGUGGUCUAAAGACUACCCACCGACCUACUCCUCAGCCAUCUCUUUCUGGUCGCCGAAGGCCUCUGAUGCAGAGCUUCCACUCUUCCACACCUUCUCGUGCUCCUGUCAACCACGUCGACAGCACAGUCUUGCCCAAGAUUCACGCUACCCCAAACUUCAACGAGCCUCUCCCUCGCAUGCCUCUUCUCCCUGACAACUAUGGCGCCUACCACAGCUCAAUGUCCGAUGCCGCCGACUUGUAUAGCAAGCGGCCCGUCAUCUUCGCUGUCGACCCUGAUGUCGUCGUUCCCGGUGCUCCCAUGGCUACCAUGGAUGCCGUCAACAUGGACAGCGUCGACGUCAAGUUUGUUCAUGAGCAGCCUGCUCAGGAAACCAAGGCAGAUGACUCUGACCGAAGUACCUUUCUCAGAGACGUCUUCGGCGGUAUGAUUCAGGAUAUUCUUCCUGGACCUGCGCUCAGGAAAAACUAAGAGAAUGAAGUGAAGACACGAAAGGGACGAUAGAGUGGAGUCUGGUUAUACCAGCUACUCAUAAAGAGAGCUGAUGAUCUAUUAAGCGUUUUAAUCUGUUUAUGCGAAGCAAGGUGCGGUUGUAUCAAUUAAUAGCCCGUUACAAGAGGCUCCUGUGGCUAGGAACCAUCCU